AACAAAAACGGAUGCGCAGAAUCCGCGGUCGGUUGACAACUGUUAUAGUGGAACCGUAGCGGUUCACGUUUUCGCUACCGUCUUCAUCGAAUAUAUAGCAGCAAUACUAGGGCUUUAAUGGAUCAUCCAAGCUCUGAUGGAGCAGCAAACUCUGGGCAGUAGAAGGUUCAUUCCGUGGUCCGAUAUUCCGAAAGAACUCGCCGAGAGGAUCGGCAAUUGCCUCGACACUAGCAUUGACGUUCUUCACUUCCGUUCAGUCUGCACAACAUGGCGUUCCUCACUUGCUCCUUUCAAAAUCAUUCCUCAUUUUCCUUUCGAAAUUCCCUUCCCUCUCGACCACCGUAGCAUUUAUAAAGGCAGGCCUGGUUACCAUCUUAUCGAAAGCACUGUUUAUCUUUUUCAACCUCUUGACGCCGAUUCAAUUGAUUCGCCUUGUAAAGGAUGGUUGAUCAAGGUUAUAAAAACAGCUGAUGGAAAAUUGAGGUUUUUGAAUCCACUUACAGGCAGGCUUAUACAGGAUUUGCCUCAUCAUAUGCCUAAGGUAUUGAAUUUACUCGACUUUCGUGUUUCUCAAGUUUGCAAAUCUUAUCAUGUGCAGUACUUCAUGCCCUCGAAACCUUUUUUCCGUGAUUAUGAUGUAGGCUAUGUUAGGAAAAUUGUGCUUCUUAGGAACCACAAUGCAGGGAGUCAGAGGGAUAGUUUUUCUUUAAUGGCCAUUGAUCGUUCUGAUUUGUUAUGUUAUUUGAAGUCUGGGGAUGACAAGUGGACUACGUUAAAAGAUGCUUCUUCUUAUAUUGAUGAUAUCAUUGUGUAUAAGGGGAAUUUUUAUGCUGUUGAUCGAUAUGGUGAUACCAUGAAAUUUGAUUCCUCGUUUAAUGAGACGGCGGUGGCUUCCAGAUUUUCCGAUGGUGGUAGGAGGAAGAAACGACUGGUGGAAUCGGGAGGGCAGUUGUUUUUGGUUGAUAGUAGUUCAGAUUUAGGUAAGGAUGUCAGCCGUGAAAUUAAAAUGUACCAAUUGGAUGAAGAACAAAAUGAGUGGAUUGAAGUGCAUACUUUGAAUGAUGGAAUUUACUUUGCUGUUAAUGAUUGUUGCUUCUCUGUUUCGUCUCGUGAUUUUGGUGACAAGUACUGUAGAGGAAACUGCAUUUACUAUGUAAAGGGGCGGGUGUAUUAUGACGAUGAAGACAGUGACGAUGAUAUUGGUAUGUGUGGUUGUUGUUGCGCUUUUGGUGAUGACGAUCUUGAUCCUGUUGUUGCUGGUGAUGAUGAAAUUAGCUACCCUAUUAGCAAUAAUAAUGACCAAACUAAUGAGUCUGGUCGAAAAUCAGGUUGUGAUGAUUUGAUCAGCGCCAGUAUUAGCAAUGAUGAUCACAAGAUGAAUGCUUCUAGUAGCAAAUCAGGUGGUGUUAGAGAAGAACAAGCGGUAGAUAGAUACAAAGGAGUACUUGACGAUAACACCUGUGUGUUUACCAUAGAAGAUGGUAAACUUGGAUCACUGUUAUCAUCCCUUGAUUAUGCAGAAAUUUUAUGGCCACCUCCAUCCUGGCUCAACGGUGAGGAUCAGACUCCUCCACAUGCUCAUGAAAUUGCAGAGUCUUUAUUAUCUAUAAAUAAAGGAGGAUGAGGCAGCAAGCGAGAUCAAGUCAUGAGGAAUCCAUUUGCUCUCUGUUGUUCUUUCUAAUUUGUCGUUUCACCUUUAAUUUGCUUUUGUGUUAGUUUAUGGCUAAUGAACGGAAGAUUUUAGGAACUUUAGUGUUGCCUUUCUAUUAUUCUCACAUGUACUUUUAUCCUUUUCCAUUAAUCUAUAGUAUGUCCUAUCUAUAAAUUUCCUUGGCGUAAGUUGAUUAUCA